UCCGAUUUUCUCGAAUGACUCUGCGAAAAACUUCAGUGUCUUUCAUCUGAAUAUUUUCUUCUGGCAUAAAAUUAGGGUUCGGUUGAAAGCCGUAUGAAUGCCUCGAAAUUGAACCGUUAUUGUUAUCGUUUGAUGAUUUGCAAGGAUUGACCUUUGGACAUCCGCAUUGGCAUCCCUCCGUGGAUCAAAUCUGUGGGUAGCCUUCUAUGCGAGGAAUAAAGGAUUGAUUUUGAGGGUGGAUGAUGUACCGGAGCGUGGCUGAAAGCGCCACGCGCGGUGGGACGGCCUCGGAUAGCGGAGAUGUUGUGGUGACUCUCGAUCAGUUGCCUUGUUGGAACGAUGCAGACCAAAGGUAUUACGUUGCUGGGGGUCUGUCGUCGCCGCUGUCAUACUUCUCCGACCCUCUCACUUCGCCUUCUGUAGCUGAUUCCGGGGGGAAAUCGAGGUUCCCUGUGGAUCACGAAAUCAAUUCCAAGAUUUAUCUUUGGCGUGGAAACCCAUGGAAUCUGGAGGUUGAUGCGGUUGUGAAUUCCACUAAUGAGAACUUGGAUGAAGCACAUAGCAGCCUUGGCUUACAUGCUGCUGCUGGCCCUGAUCUUGCAGAAGAAUGUGCAUCUUUGGGUGGUUGUCGAACUGGAAUGGCUAAAAUUACUAACGCUUAUGAUCUCCCUUCUAGAAAAGUUAUUCAUACAGUCGGCCCCAAGUAUGCUGUCAAGUACCAUACAGCCGCAGAAAAUGCUCUUAGCCAUUGCUAUCGUUCUUGCUUAGAGAUUCUUAUUGAAAAUGGAUUACAAAGUAUUGCAACUGGAUGUAUUUAUACUGAGGCCAAAACCUAUCCUCGUGAGCCAGCUGCACAUGUUGCCAUAAGAACUGUUAGGCGUUUUCUGGAGAAACAAAAAGACAAAAUUACUGUAGUUGUUUUUUGUACCACCACAUCAAUUGAUACAGAAAUAUAUAGAAGGUUGCUUCCACUUUACUUUCCGAGGGAUAAGCAUGAAGAAGAGAUUGCUGUGUCAAAACUUCCAACAGAUGUUGGAGAUGAGAAUGGUGGGACGGUUAUUGAUGAAAGGAAAAUCAGAAUAAAACCUUUGCCUGCACCUUCUGUGUCCAAGGCAUCUACUUCAACAAUCUCUUUAGAUCCUCCAUUUUCUGAUGUUGGAUUGACUCUGAGAUGCCAGAACCCUAUCAGCUUGGAAUCCUACCUCGAUCCUACAUUUAUGUCAUUGAUUAAGGAUCCUGACCAGAGAAGGAAAGAGCGGCAAGAAAAGGUUGCUGAAACACAAAAUGAUUUUAAUUGUGCUAAGCUUCUUGGAUAUGGUGAUCUUAGUGGCCCACCACUCUCUGCUGCUGAAGAGUUUUCUCUCCAUUCAAGAUAUCUUGCCAAAGCAAAUUCUCUUAAUCUGACAGAUAUUGCUGAAAUGAAGAUAGUUUAUCGUGGUGGUGUAGACUGUGAAGGAAGGCCUGUCAUGGUUGUCAUAGGAGCUCAUUUUCUUUUGCGGUGCCUUGAUAUGGAGCGAUUUGUACUGUAUGUUGUAAAGGAGUUUGAACCCUUGAUUCAGAAACCGUACAGCAUUGUUUACAUUCACUCUGCAGCCUCUUUGCAAGUGCAACCGGAUUUGGGUUGGAUGAAGCGGAUGCAACAAGUAUUGGGUCGAAAACACAAGAAAAAUUUGCAUGCUAUAUAUGCCUUGCAUCCGACACUGGGAUUAAGGACAGCAAUAUUUGCUCUGCAGCUUUUGGUGGACGGAGAGGUAUGGAAGAAAAUUGUAUAUGUGGACCGACUCUUGCAUUUGUUCAGAUAUGUUCCUCGUGAGCAGUUGACCAUCCCUGACUUUGUCUUCCAGCAUGAUCUUGAAGUAAAUGGAGGGAAAGGCUUCAUCGUUGAUCCAAGAACAAAAUAUAUCUAUCAAAGAACAUCUGCAUGAUUGGAAUAGGUUAAAUUUAUGUUCAAUCUUGUACAAAAUUUGUGUACAAACUUCAGUGCCUUAAUUUUUGCUUUCGUCAUUUUGUAUGUAAAAUUGUGGUGUUCAAGCUCCUCACUGAACAAUGACCUGAUUCUUUUUGAGAAACAGCUAAAUGGACAAAUAAAAGUGCUGGGUUUGGUUGUCUAA